CUUGACUUUGGUUCAUGAACACUUCCAGAAAUCAAUCCUCAGACUUAAUCAUCAGUGGUAAUAUUGGUAUCAUCAGUGUUAAUAUUGGUAUCACGCUUAAGCCUCCAAAUAUCGACAUCGACACUCGACCCUUCUCAAUCACGGAAGCUCCGAAAUCGCCGAUAAGACAUAUUUCAAUAUCUUUUGUUCAGAAGCAAGCAGCUUCAAACAACCCUCAAGAUGGCGAACACCAGCUCUAACAUUGACUUUUGCACACUCGGCAUGUUCAUCAUCGACGAGAUCGAGUUCCCUCCACCAAGACCGCCAGUCAAAGGCAUCGUUGGCGGCGCAGGCUCAUACUCUGCACUUGGAGCACGCAUCUUCUCCGCACCUCCUCAGUCGAGAAGCGUUGGCUGGAUUGUCGACUGCGGGUCCGACUUCCCUGCUGAGUUGCGAGACUUCAUUGCGUCAUGGGAUAGCGGCGUGCUGAUCCGUGAGACGCCUGACCGAUUGACAACUCGGGGGUGGAACGGGUAUGGAGAGAACGAGCACAGAGCUUUUCGGUACAUGACUCCAAAGCUUCGGUUAGCGCACGAGGAUUUGAAGGAUACAGACCUGUUAUGGGCCAAGUCUUUCCACCUGAUCUGCUCGCCUGUGCGGUGCAUAGAGCUCGUUAAGAACAUCCUUGGACUGCGCAUCGCGGCCUCUCCCACGACUGAGCGCCCGUUGUUCAUAUGGGAGCCGGUGCCCGAUCUUUGCGUUCCCGACGAGUUUGACAAUUGCCUGGAAGCACUCAAACACGUGGACGUUGUAAGCCCAAACCACGGUGAGCUCGGCGGCUUCUUUGGUCAACCCACCGAUGAGAAAGAUCAUGUCGAUUAUCGCCUGGUCGAAUCGCUCUGUGACGAAUGGCUCGAUAGUGGCAUUGGACCCAAUGGCAGCGGCAGUAUUGUGCUGCGGAGUGGGAAGGACGGGUGCCUGGUUGCGCGUCGAGGGUUGCGUAAGUGGAUGCCUGCAUACCACCAGAGCAGCGAGAAAGUCAUCGACCCCACUGGCGGUGGUAAUGGUUUCUUGGGUGGAUUAGCAGUUGGGUUAGUGCGAAGCGGAGGUGUUGCAGAGCUCGAGGAAGCUGCAGCCUGGGGCUCGAUAUCAGCAAGCUUCGCCAUUGAACAGGUCGGUAUGCCGGUGCUGGCUCAAAGUCCUCAGGGUGAGACAUGGAACGGUGUUCGUGUCGAAGACAGGCUCUCAGAGUUCAAACAGAGGCUGGAUAGAUAUGUACAGCCGUAAACCUCAUUGCUUGUUGUUGAUCCUACUCGCCCUCUCUGCCCCUCUAUUGCACCUACUCCUUCAGCUUCUUCUCAUGCUCGACGAUCUGUCUGCUCCAGCUGUUCCGUGUUAGCUUCAGUCUCCUCUUCCGGCGCUCCUUCCCCUUGCUGUCUCGGUGUGACGUACUAUCGACUGGGGAAGAACCUGCCCUGCUCCGGCAUCUUGUCGCGGUACUCGCGUUGUGCAGAAACGGACCAGGCCAUGCCGACGAUGCUGACGAGGACGAGGCCAACGACGGCUGUGUUGCCC